AUGGCAUUCGACUUUGGCGAGUCCAAACCUUCGGAUCCCACCGCAGACUUCCUCGCUCGCGAGCGCGAGGCGGCUGGAGUCCUCUCUGGCGAUGCCGACCUCUUUGGCUCUUCCAACGCGGCAGGCGCUGGCGCAUCUGCCGACGACUUUGAACGAUCCGCAUCCGCUUUCCCUGCGCUAGACGACGAUCUCGCUCCUGCUGCCGCGGCUCCGUCCAGCAACAACGCAGGCGCUUCGUCUGGAUUCGGCUUCGACGACUUCGAGGACAGACCCGCUGCCAAGCCCGCGGCCGAUGACGAAGUUGGAAAGUUCCAGCAGAACUUCCCUGAGCUGGAUGACGGUCCUUCGGCCAACGGUAACGGCGCUUCGUACCACGAUGAUGCAGACGACCUGAUGAGCGCACCUUCCGCUCCCGCCCGCGCUGCCCCCACAUCCUCCGCGCCCACCGCGCAGCCCACCUACUCGUACUCCUACGAAGAGCCCACGGAGGAGCCCGAAGCUGUGCGUCAAUGGCGCGAGACGCAAAAGGAUGCCAUUGCCAAGCGCGACGCCGAGGGCGAGCGCAAAAAGGCGGAAGCCAUCUCGAAAGCCGAGCAGGACAUCGACCACUUUUACGCCGAGUACAAUGCCAAGAAGGAGAAGAACAUUGCGGCCAACAAGGAGAACGAGGCCAAGUUCCAGGAAGAGCGAACGCGCGAGCUUGCCGAAGGCACCACGUGGGAUCGCGUCACCAAGCUGGUGGAUCUCAAGAAUAGCCAGAGCAAGACCAUCGCCAGGGCCGGCCCCGGAAGCAGCGACCUGAGCAGGAUGAAGGAGGUCUACCUCAAGCUGAGGAGGGAGGGCGAGCGCGCACCUGGUGCCGCUGGGUACUGA